AUGAGGCGCGGGCGCCCUUCCACUUCGGCCUCGCCCUACCGGGCGUUGGCUCAUCAUGUCCACCAGGCCGGCUCAUCCGCCGUCUUGUCCGACUCGAGCUCUCUCAUUCGAUCCUUCGACGUCGAAACCAAUCCGGCGCGGCCGGUCCGUCCAUCCCCACUCGCCGCCUCCACCAUCAGGGACAUGCCGCUCGAUCUGGUGGAGCGUGUAAGGUCCUUUCCCCUGUUCCAAUCGGCCCCGGGGGAAUUUCUCAUUGCCAUAGGCAACCACUUGAAGCCCCAAGUCCAUGGACCCAACGAUCACAUUGUCGCCGAAGGGGACGACGCAAAGGCCAUGUACUGGCUCGUUCGCGGGGUUGUUGCAGUCACGUCCCGCGACGGGGAGGCGGUCUAUGCGGAGCUCAAACCCGGCGCCUUCUUCGGAGAGAUUGGCGUCCUCAUGGACAUGCCGCGAACUGCAACCAUUGUCGCUCGAACCAAGUGCCUUUUGCUCGUCCUUAAGAAGGAAGACCUGCAACUCGUCAUGCCCGGGUUUCCCGAAAUGGAACAAGCCAUCAUGGAAGAGGCCCAAGAGCGCCUUCACCUGCUCAAAAAGAAGAAAAGGCACCAAAGCGGCUCAUCGGUCGGAUCCUCACAGGGGCGAAUAAGAGAUGGAGCUGCCGCCUCGCGGGCAACCGCGCCCGGUGAGGUGUCGACUGGCGAGAGCGGCGCCAUCAAGGACGGGGCAGUCGUCAACAACCCCAAGAAGAGAAAGUCCCCGAGCCCCGGAAUCAUCGAGGACCCAGCCGCCGGCGGCAGUGCUAUUGGGAGCGGCCUGGUGAAUAUCCGCAAAACCCUCAAGGAGCUUCCCCUGUUCUCAACAUUGCCUCCCGACAUUCUCCAUUUUUUGGGGCUCAGCGUGCAGCCCAAGACGUGGCCGCCCUUUUCGGACAUCAUCCAGCAGGGCAGCUCCGGCAACGAAAUCUACUUCAUCGUUCAGGGCGAGGCUGAAGUGGUCCACCACGACCCGCCUGGUGAACGGCAAGGCGCCCAGCAGCAAAAAUCUCUUGGCGGCUUGGUUCAUUCGCGGCCGCGGCUCCGGUCGGGCCAGUAUUUUGGCGAAGUGGCAAGCCUGGGGCUUUCGGCGGAUCGAACCGCCACCGUGAGGUCCAUCACGACAGUCGAAUGCCUGAUGGUUCCGGGCGAGGUCUUGGAGGAGCUAUGGCAACGGUGUCCGCCAGGCAUCAAAUCUCAAGUCGAAGAGACGGCUAGGAUGCGCUAUAGCGGGGGCCGUCGAGGUGAGGGAGCCGAGGACAUUGACAUGGCCGAUGUCGACAGAUCCGACCAGGUUUCCAGUCUGCCCCAUACGCCGCCGACGGCUCCUUCGAGCAGGCUCUCCAUGUCCAAGUUGCUCUUCGCGAACCCGUCGGCGCAGCAGAUUGGCCCGGGUAGCAAAGACGACUCGGAUAUGAUGGAGCCCAAGGAUCCCGAUCCAUUCCUAAGCGUCAACAUGGAAAAUCUCAGAAACCGCCGGCGACAGUCUCUAGCUCCUCCCACUCCACCAACACCGCAGUUGGAGCCGACGACGCCCAGCCGAUCGAAUGGCGUCGGUCGCUCGCCUCUAACAGACGUGAUGACGACGCCCAUCAAAUUGGAUCUAGCUGCACAAUCUCCUCCAGACUCCGGGCAUAUCUUGGACGGCCUUCUCGUGUGCAUCUUCAAGCACCUCGAUAUCGGAGAUCUUGUUCGCCUGCGCAUCGUGAGCAGACGAUGGCGCCAGAUCCUGACCACGUCGCCCGACAUCUGCCACGAAGUCCACCUGUCCCGCUACAACCGGACGGUAAACGAUGAUGUCAUCGUCCACGUCCUCGCUCCCUUCAUCGGCACACGAGCCGUGACGGUCGAUUUGAAUAACUGUUUUCACAUUACAGACGAGGGGUUUUCCGCUCUUUGGCGCGGCUGUGGCAAGAAUAUCAAGGAGUGGAGGAUGCGGUCUGUCUGGGACGUCUCCGCGAGCCAGAUUCUGGAGAUGAGCGAAAAUGCAAAGAAUCUGGAGGAGAUAGACUGGAGCAACUGCCGCAAGGUGGGAGACAACCUUCUGGGCCGCGUGGUUGGAUGGGUUGUGCCUAGCGCAUCCCCUCCCGGCGCCAUGGUGGCGACCAAGAAGAGAGGCAAUAUGGUGAUGAUGUCGUCGUCCAACCCGCUGGGCCAGUCGAGGGACAAGAAGAGAACGAGGAAGGCGGGCCAGAGCAAACAGGCGCAGCACGCAAAUGGUCGGGACGACAAAGAGGCGUCCAAGAAGAACCAGCAUAAUGCAGCAGCGCCCGUCGGCCCGGGCGCUGUGAUUGGAUGCCCGAAGCUCAGCAAGCUCAACCUGUCCUAUUGCAAGCACGUUACAGACCGGUCAAUGGCGCACCUGGCCGCCCACGCCUCCAGUCGCCUCCGAUCGCUUUCCCUAACUAGAUGCACCUCCAUCACCGAUGCCGGGUUCCAGUCGUGGACGGCGUACAAGUUUGCGAAGCUGACGCAUCUCUGCCUGGCGGACUGCACCUACCUCUCGGACAACGCCAUUGUCGCGCUCGUCAACUCUGCCAAGAACUUGACGCAUUUAGACCUCUCCUUCUGCUGCGCCUUGUCCGACACAUCGACCGAGGUUGUCGCCUUGGGCCUCCCGAGGCUGCGGGAGCUGCGGAUGGCCUUUUGCGGCAGUGCCGUGAGCGACGGAAGCCUUGAGAGCAUCGCUCUGCACCUCAACGAGCUGGAGGGCCUGAGCGUUCGCGGCUGCGUGAGGGUCACGGGUCGGGGCCUGGAGAGCGUGCUGGAAGGCUGCCCACGCCUCGGUUGGGUGGAUCCUCGCAGCAUGGGGUUACGACGAUCGGGGGGUCAAGCAGCCGCCCGGGAUGAUUCCGGCUUCGAUGUCGCCGCCGGCGCCCGCCACGAGCGAUGA